CGUAGGCGUUCGGGCUGAAUCGGACAGCUCCGAUCGUGCCGGACUGUCAGGGGCGGGAUUCAGAAAUCCUUCGUCCCUGAUCGGCCCUUCCACUCUCUCCCUUAGAUAGGUCAUAAUCGGAAGGACUCGAACGUCUUCGGCGGCUUCUCGAGGCGGCCUAGACGCGAUCGGGCAUCUUCGCGAGUUUCCGGACCGGUUCCCGAUUGCCUUAGUGGGGAGUUACGAGCUCAUCGGAAGAGGUCGGCUAAAACCGAGUAUUAUUCGGAAAUGUUCGAGUGAAGGCGAAGCGGGCUCGGGGACCCUCGGCUAGCUUCGUCCUCGGCUGCGUUCGGGAGAGACCUCGGACAAGAUCGGAGGCGGCCCUGGGCAGUUCGUUUCCCCGCAAAGUCGAGAUCGGGUGAGAUCGGAGACUCUCGCUCCCUCGGACGCGCUUGGCGAAGCUUGCCCCCCUCCCCCUCUCCAUUCGGAUGGAGGACUCGGACUCGGCCGCGAAACAAUUGGGCCUGGCUGAGGCAGCGGCGGUAGCUGCCGCUGCUGCAGUAGCUGCAGCAGCGGCAGCUGCCGCGGCCGCAGAAGGUUCGGAGCAGCAGCACCAACAACAUGUCGACGCGGCCGGCUCGGAGGCGGAGCCACAAGAGGAAGAGGAGGUGACGGCGGUGACCGUGAUGGCGGCAGAUUCCGAACACCUCGAAAUGGGCGCCGAGUCCCUGCCGAGCGCCGACGAGGCCGCUGCUGCCGCCUUCGCAGAAGUGACCACAGUAACAGUAGCCAACGUGGGUACUUCUGCAGACAACGUAUUCACUACUUCAGUGGCAAAUGCAGCAUCCAUUUCAGGACAUGUGCUGUCUGGAAGAACGGCUCUUCAAAUUGGGGACAGUUUGAAUGCUGAGAAAGCCACUCUGAUUGUGGUUCACACAGAUGGCAGCAUUGUAGAGACUGCAGGACUCAAGGGGCCACCUGCUCCUCUCACACCAGGGCCUCAGUCGCCUCCUACUCCUUUAAUAUCUGGCCAAGAGAAAGGUGGAACAAAAUAUAACUGGGACCCUUCAGUGUAUGACAAUGAACUGCCUAUACGAUGCCGAAAUAUCAGUGGUAUUCUGUACAAAAACCGGCUUGGCUCAGGUGGUCGAGGACGAUGCAUUAAACAAGGAGAGAGCUGGUACAGCCCCACUGAGUUUGAAGCCAUGGCAGGAAGAGCCAGCAGCAAGGACUGGAAGAGAAGCAUCCGUUAUGCAGGGAGGCCAUUACAGUGCCUUAUUCAUGAUGGAAUUUUAAAUCCUCAUGCUGCUUCAUGCACUUGUGCUGCUUGUUGUGAUGACAUGAGCUUGAGUGGCCCUGUAAGACUCUUUGUGCCGUAUAAAAGACGGAAAAAAGAAAACGAAUUGCCUGCGACUCCAGCAAAGAAAGAUUCUCCCAAAAAUAUCACCCUGCUUCCUGCAACUGCUGCUACUACCUUCACUGUGACUCCUUCAGGGCAGAUCACUACCUCGGGCACUCUGACCUUUGACCGCACUUCGACUGUGGAGGCCACAGCCAUUAUUUCAGAAAGCCCAUCCCAGGGUGAUGUUUUUACUGGAGCCACCGUAGUGCAAGACACAAAUGUUCAGCAGCCAUGCCGGGUCAGUCAUCCAGAACCUCACUACCCAAGUUAUCAGGACAAUUGUCAGAUCUCCACUUUCCCAGAAGCAGCAUUGCCAACUUCACAUCCCAAAAUUGUAUUGACAUCACUUCCUGCCUUGGCUGUGCCACCCACUACCCCCACUAAAACAAUAUCUUCUUCUGUGGUGAAUGGACUAGAAAUAACAGAGCAACGAAGUUGGGUGUACCUUGAGGAGAUGGUCAAUUCGCUACUCAGCACGGCUCAGCAACUGAAGAACCUUAUUGAACAGGCUAAGCAGGCCAGCUCCUCAUACAGAGAAGCCGUUGUCACUCAAGCAAAAAUUCAAGCAGAUGUGGAGAGGAAAGAGCAGUAUCAGAACCAGUUAUUUCAACAAACAGAAGAUGUAGAUGGAAAAACAGAAAUCAUCAUUAAGCAAUCCUGUGUAAACUGUGGUCGUGAUGCUAUGAAUGAAUGCACUGGCUGCCAUAAAGUCAAUUACUGCUCAACUUUCUGUCAACGGAAGGAUUGGAAGGAUCACCAACAUAUGUGUGGCCAGUCUGCUACAGUUACUGUUCAGACAGAAGAGGUUCAUGUUACGGACAAUGUGAUGGAGAAAGUUGCUGUCUGACAAGCCAUACCUCUUCAAAUUGUGUGUGGUUGUUUAACAGACUGGCUGGACCAGUUAUCUUGCUGUGAACUCAUAUAAAUCAAAAGAAUGAACUAAUUUAUCAAGAAGAUCCCAUUUGUGCAAUCAUUUCUAUGUUGCUGGCCAGCAUAAACUCUUCUCUGACCCUGCAGAAACUGAAAAUACAUUAAAAUGAGAAUGUAAAGUGGCUCCACUUAUGUUAAAGGGACGCUCAACCUUACAUUAAGUUCACAGGGCUCUCUGCAGCCUCUUCAUAAAGCUGAUGGGUGGUUUAAAUAUCUACAUCUUGCACCUCUGCUGGAUGCUGGUUCUUCUUUAAAUUGACUUUUAAUUAUUUUUAAAGUGGCUGCUAAGAAAUACUUUCUUUUGAGAUUCCUCUAAAAUAUUGUGUCAAUCUUGCUCUCUGAUGCUGACCUUCCUAUUAUUUAAAAAACAAAUAUGUAACAUCCCAGUCCUUCAGUGGAUUUAGUUUUCUUUUAGUUACUGUUUGGGUUAUAUUUGAAAUUCUGUUGCUGGCCAUAGAUUUGGCUGUAUUAUUUGGGAGGUUUCACCAUGAAGGGCAAAAAUUCUGAUACACUGAUAAUCCUGCAUGGUUAUGUCUCAUGUUGAGCCAAGUAUAAUGCAAUCACAAAACUUCUUGUAACAUUCAUUCCAAGGGCAAAUAUGAAUUUGGAUUAUUUAAGUGUAUGUAAAUAAUCGGUAACAAUCAAAAUUUGAGCUAAGAUUACAGCAACAUUUGGCCUAACUUCCUCUGUCUCACAUAAGAGUCAGCUUACCUUGUAUGUGCACUGUCUUCUUUUCUGGGCAACUGAGACAACACAAUGUGAUGUGAAGAUUACUCCCUUACUGAUCCUCUUUUUCCGGCACAGAGCUGAAUAGGCUACUCUAAUGGGAGGAAUGUUAAUGUAGAUCGAGGUGUCCUCAAUCCUAGCUCAAACCGGGUAGCAAGAUGCCUCUGCUCUUCCUUUCUGCUACCCCACUUACUGCACCCUUGUUUGCCUUCUGGUUGCUUGCUGCCACCUUGUGCCUGUACAGAUGGUUUCUGUAAUGAUCUGCAGUAAGCCAGGCAGCUUCAGCAACAACUAAAGUAUCCUGCUAUGCCAGAGGCUAAUGUCCUCCCACAUACAAGGUAUGCAAACUGUAUGGCAUGGCCAGAUGUGAAUCUUAAGGAGAUAUUGGAUGUUCAACUGAAAACGUAGUCACUGGCCACUCACUGGCCACUCACAUAGUAGUGGAAUAGUAGUGGAAAAGGUAUAUGCUUUUAUCCAUACAGUUAUGACCUGCUAGCUGUUGAGCUUGUGGAACAUGGCCCACAGAUCCAUCACAAAAGGGCCGAAGUUACUCAUGUUACGGCAUGAGUAACUCAGAUGUGGUUGUGUCUUCUUGUAUUUUCAAUUCUCCUACUUUAGGGCUUUGCUCCUCUUUCAUUAUGUAAAUGAAAUGAUAAAAUUUAUUUCAGGCAUUUCUGUCAGACCUUAGCAGGAAUCAGUAAAAGCUCCUACCUUGCAUAGGAUUUACAACUCUUGCCUUUCAGCUAGCCAAAAAUAAGAGAGAAGGUGCAGCUGUACAUUUCCACAACAUCUCACUUGGGGAGAGAGGCCUUACUUUAUAACAAGAUGAUUAGUUUGAAAAUAGCACCUUCCAUGUGUUAAAAUUGCAGGGUAUAAAGUGAAUGUCAGUUUCAAGCCAUGUUCAUUCCUAUGAGAAGAAACAAGAAGUUCUGUGGUAGAAGAACAAUAAAAUACUAUUAACAUU